AUGUCCCAGUUUACCGAACAAAUCUGGACCGUCAUAUCGAACGAUGAAGAAGAAAACACAAACCCGUCUUUCGCUUGUCACCCCCAAAGCACGCGUCGCGCCAGACCCAUAUCUCUGACCAAACACAAUCUCAGGUCACUCGGUAGUAUCUCUUGCCUGGAGGAUAACACGAAUACGAUCCUUCUCUCUGCCUCUCGAUACGACCCUACCACAAACACUCUCUCCCGGACGUCGCUCACUGCUGUGAGGAGUGAUAAGAGGAUACCGAUGACGGAGUUUCAGGUUUCAGUGGACGCUAUGAGUCAGGUCGAUGGGCUGCUUUCGCGUAAGUUAGAGGAGCCGGGGGGUGAAGGUGAUGCGUGGCUCGUUUCGUGCUUCCAAGGGGAGAAUACAAAGGCGCUUUUGGAAAAGGAGGAGGCGCUAUUCUCGGAGCUCAGGGAUGGCGAUGGAGGUGUCAGUGUUGUUGGAGAGGGAAGAGUCCAGCUGGUGCGCGCGGAGAGCCCGGAUGCGGUGAAACAGCUGUGGGAGCAAGCACUCGAAUUUGAGAAGAGGGAAUCGUGCUAUGAUGAGGAUUCUGAGGCUUCUGAAGAUUCUGAUUGA